CCAGCCCCGGCGCCGCAGCCCCGCCGCCCAAGCGCAGCGCCGCCGGGCAUGUGAGCGGGAAGCCCGGGCUGCCAGCCGCGGGGACCGGACGGAGGAGGAGCAGGAGCGCGGAGCCCGAGCCCAGCGCCCGGCUGAGUAGAUGUCCAUGCGGAGCCCUGGCCCUGCCCAGCUGGCCCCGGAUGGCGUUGGCACCAUGGUGAACUGCACCGUCAAGUCAGAGGGGAGGAAGGAGCCCUGCCACGAGGCCUCUCAGGGCUUGGCCACCACCGCUGAACCCCAGCCCGGAGACCCAGCCCGGGCCCCCCAGGAUGGUGCUGACCCCCAAGCUCCAGCCCAGGACUGCAGCUCCCCGGAGAGCAAUGGGUCCCCAGAACCCAAGAGGCCAGGAGGCUCCGAGGCUGCUUCUGGAAGGCAGGAGAAGCUGGACUUCAACCGAAAUUUAAAGGAAGUCGUGCCGGCCAUCGAGAAGCUGCUGUCCAGUGACUGGAAGGAGAAGUUUCUGGGAAGGAGCUCUGUGGAAACCAAAGAUGUCAAAGGGACCCAAGAGAGCCUGGCAGAGAAGGAACUGCAGCUUCUGGUCAUGAUCCACCAACUGUCCACCCUGCGGGACCAGCUCCUGACAGCCCACUCAGAGCAGAAGAACAUGGCCGCCAUGCUCUUCGAGAAGCAGCAGCAGCAGAUGGAGCUGGCCCGGCAGCAGCAGGAGCAGAUCGCGAAGCAGCAGCAACAGCUAAUUCAGCAGCAGCAUAAGAUCAACCUCCUGCAGCAGCAGAUCCAGCAGGUCAACAUGCCUUAUGUCAUGAUCCCGGCCUUCCCCUCAAGCCACCAACCUCUGCCUGUCACCCCCGACUCCCAGCUGGCUUUGCCCCUUCAGCCCAUCCCCUGCAAACCAGUGGAGUAUCCGCUGCAGCUGCUGCACAGCGCCCCCGCCCCGGUGGUGAAGAGGCCUGGGGCCAUGGCUGCUCACCACCCCCUGCAGGAGCCCUCCCAGCCCCUGAACCUCACAGCCAAGCCCAAGGCCCCGGAGCUGCCCAACACCUCCAGCUCCCCCAGCCUGAAAAUGAGCAACUGUGGGCCCCGCCCCCCCAGCCACGGGGCCCCCACCCGAGAUCUGCAGUCCAGCCCCCCCGGCCUGCCUCUGGGCUUCCUUGGCGAAGGGGAUGCUGUCACCAAAGCCAUCCAGGAUGCUCGGCAGCUGCUGCAUGGCCACAGUGGGGCCUUAGAGAGCUCCCCUAGCACCCCUUUCCGCAAGGACCUCAUCAACCUGGACACGUCCCCAGCCAAGGAGCGGCUGGAGGAGAGCUGUGUGCACCCCCUGGAAGAAACCAUGCUGAGCUGCGACGUGGAUGGCUCCCGCCACUUCCCUGAGUCCCGGAACAGCAGCCACAUCAAGAGGCCCAUGAACGCCUUCAUGGUGUGGGCCAAGGACGAGCGGAGGAAGAUCCUCCAAGCCUUCCCAGACAUGCACAACUCCAGCAUCAGCAAGAUCCUCGGCUCCCGCUGGAAGUCCAUGACCAACCAGGAGAAGCAGCCCUACUACGAGGAGCAGGCACGGCUGAGCCGGCAGCACCUGGAGAAGUACCCCGACUACAAGUACAAGCCGCGGCCCAAGCGCACCUGCAUCGUGGAGGGCAAGAGGCUGCGGGUGGGCGAGUACAAGGCCUUGAUGCGGACCCGGCGCCAGGACGCCCGCCACAGCUACACGACCCCCCCGCAGGCCAGCCAGGUGCACAUGAGCUCCUCAGAUGUCCUGUACCCUCGUGUGGCGGGCAUGCCCCUGGCACAGCCCCUGGUGGAGCACUAUGUGCCCCGGAGCCUGGACCCCAACAUGCCUGUCAUCAUCAACACCUGCAGCCUCAGGGAGGAGGGCGAGGGCGCAGAGGACAGGCCCUCAGGGGCCGAUGGGGAGGUGUACCGGUACAGCGAGGAGGAGGACUCGGAGGGCGAGGAGAAGAGCGACGGGGAGCUGGUGGUGCUUACAGACUGAUCCCUGCCGGGGGCACCCGGCCCUCCUCCCUGGGGAAAGACCUGGCCCCAAGGUGAUGGGCACAGCCACCCCACCUGGACUAUGUUGGUACUUGGACUUGGGCCUACCCAGGACAUGGGCACAGCUGUGCACUUGUGGAUACUUUCCUGACGGAAGAGGUCCCUCCCCAGCACCCCUGUGCGCACACCUGAGGAGCUGAGACCUGUCUCCCUGGGGCCACAUGCUUUGUUCCCAUUCUUGUCCUGGCUGGACCAGCCACCGUGGGACCAACACCCCCCAACACACGACCCCCAGAUCCCUCCUCUAGCACCAGGAUCACUUUGUACUUUGUGCAAAAAGGUCUGGCUGUCCCUCGCUGUCUUGAUCUUCUGCCAAGCCCACCGUGCCUCUGGCUGCUGUGUGUGCGUGU